GAUGAAGUAGACGCGACUGCGGAUCAAUAUUACUUCACUCUUGGUUGUCGGUUAACAUAUGUUCUAUGAGAUAGCGAUAUGUACGAUAGCGCCUUCAGUACAGUCCGUUAAUAUUUUGCAAGAGACUCAGCAUAUAUAUGGUGGGGAGACUGAUAGUACGAAUAUAUAUAUUCCUCUUUGUAAACACCUUCGAGCUGAGUCUGAAAGUGUUAAGUUCCACUCAUUACGCGGUUCGCAGAACGUUCUGUUCGCUGACAUUCGAUCGACAGUACGCAAUAACAAUAUGUCAACUAAAAAUGAAAAGAUCGGGAUCAUUGGAAGCGGCUUAAUCGGACGCAGCUGGGCAAUGCUCUUUGCCAGCGUAGGAUACCAGGUGAUUAUUUACGAUAUUGUCCAGGAGCAAAUUAAGAACGCAUUGGAGGACAUCCGUCAGCAAUUAAAGCGUCUAGAAACUGGUGGUCUUCUACGUGGUACACUGUCAGCAGAUCAGCAAUUCAAUUUGAUAAAGGGAUCAUCCGAUUUGGCGGAGACUGUGAAGGGAGCGAAACUGGUCCAGGAAUGUGUGCCAGAAAAUCUACCGUUGAAGAUGAAAAUCUAUAGCGAUCUCGAUAAGAUCGUUGAUGACAGAGUGAUUCUAUCGUCUUCGACAUCCACAUUUCGCCCGUCUCUUUUCAGCGAAAAGUUAAAACACCGUGAACAGAUUAUCGUUUCCCAUCCUGUAAAUCCUCCUUACUACGUGCCUCUCGUGGAAAUAGUGCCGGCUCCAUGGACACGUCCCGAUAUUCCUGAGAAGACAAAGGCUAUCAUGAUCGAGAUCGGCCAGAAACCCGUUGUCUUCAGUAAGGAGAUUGACGGUUUUGCGCUCAAUAGAAUACAAUACGCAAUCUUAAAUGAAGCCUGGAGAUUAGUAGCUGACGGAGUGUUAAGUGCAAAGGACGUUGAUGUGGUAAUGAGUGAAGGUCUCGGGAUGCGUUACGCUUUCCUUGGUGCUUUCGAAGCCGCACAUUUGAAUGCCGAAGGAAUGAAAAAAUAUUGUGAAACAUAUAACAAAUCAAUCUACGAUACGAGCAUGACUUUCGGACCAGUGCCCAAAUUUGUAGGAGAGAUGGCAGAGAAGAUCAGCAAUGAAUUGAACGAGAUGUGCCCACUCGACAAAUUGCAGGAGCGACGCGCGUGGCGAGAUACCGCUUUAACGAAGUUGUCUGUACUUAAGAAAGAAUUGGAACAGAUAAAAUAAUAUAAAAAAUUAUGUAUUGUAUACACAAAUGUGCCAAUACUUGUUUGUAAAACAGACCUACGUAUAAUAUAGUAAAUUUUAUCAAUAAAAUUCUAAAAAAUA